GGAGAAUCUGUCCCUGGGAGUCGACUCUCGUAUCCCGUUCCUCUUCAUUUCCGUUUCCAUUCCCAUUUUCCCACCGUCAUCUUCGGCUCAACACCCCAGCCGACCGAUAUUUCUCUCACUGUCCUUCUCGUCUUUUUCGACGCUCCUUAAUCAUCGCUAUCCGAGACAAUCCUGCUGCUCCUCCAUCAACUCCAAUCGCUCGUCGCGCGACGCUCAAGAGCUCUUGACCAGAGCUCGCUCCCUAGCGCAUCCACCCCUGGUCCCGAGAUCAUCAUCCCGCCGAGAUGCCUUCUCCACGCCGAGUACGCCUACUAAUCCUGGCGACGAUUGGCACAUUCAUCUUUAUCCUCUUCUACACCUCAGGAUUCGACUCGCAUCACGAUGCAGAGACCUACACAGGCCAGGAGUUCAUCAAGAAGACCCAAAAUGCCAUGAGCGCAAACGAACCCCCGGCGCCUAUCGUCGACUUUGCAACUGGAGAGAAGGCUGGACAGCCUCACGCUGAUAAGGAUGGAGACGGUGAUAUCGACGCAGACGACCAGAAGCUAGCUGCUCAGAUGCAGGAGCGUCUCAAGGCUGCCGAGGCCGAGGCGAAGGGCAAGGCGAACGAGAAGGGAGGUCUGCGACCUGAUCCUCCCAAGAAGGUUGUGGGAGUUGGAAGUUCUGCGGAAGGUCAGGAUAAGGAUAAAAUCGUCAAGCCUGUUGGCGGAGUGUCUGGCGAUAUUCCAGCUCCUGCUGCCGCGGCCGAGAAGAAACCCGAGACAGAGACGAGGAGCAAGGAAGCAAUUGCGGCUCGCGAAGAGCUUGACUCUAUCCUCAAGAAAUCGCCCGUCAUCAUCUUCUCAAAGACGUACUGCCCCUUCUCGAAGCGAGCCAAGAGCCUUCUGAUCGAAAAAUACUCCAUCACACCCGAGCCCUAUGUCGUUGAACUCGAUAUCCAUCCCCAAGGCCAAGCCCUGCAAGACCAACUACUCGAGACAACCGGCCGAAGGACCGUACCCAAUAUUAUGGUCAACGGUGUGAGCCUGGGAGGUGCCGACGACAUCACCGAGAUGGACCAGGCAGGCAAGCUCGUCGGCAAGAUUGUCGACCUCGGAAACAAGCGAGUCGAGGUUCUGGAACGAACCAAGUAGACUGCGCGCGCACACUUUUUUUUCUCUCCUUUAUGACCUCUUUAAUCUUCACGGGGCACUUGUACAAGGAUUUACUGCUGGGUUUUGGGUAAGAAGGGACUGUCAUUUUGGGCCUUUGGCAGCAUGAUUGGAGUCUGGGCGUCUGGGAAUUCCUUUUGUCACUGUGUAAUGGUGUCAUGAAAGGAGCACUAGGGAAGAUACUCUUCGACCAACAAUGAUGUACACAACUACACAGCUAAUGAAUGAGAUAUAUAUACCUCUA